AUGGCGCAAACGAAUGCUCCCCGUCGCUCCAAAAGGCUUCGAUCACGGAGAGAGCGCAAAGAGACGACUUUCCAAUCACGCUCUCGCAUCCAGAAAACGCAGUCCCCAUCCACGACCCCAAACGCAAGGAAGAAGAAACGCUCCUCAUCUUCAAGCAUUCUACCAGAGGUGGAUCUUGAGCUUCUUGAGACACAGCUGACACGAUGUCUCAGCAAAGCAAAGCGCAGGCAGAGAAGACGUAGCUCGCAUCACGUCUCCCGUUUCUUCUCCGCCUCCGCAUCUUCCACAUGCUCUACUAACGAGGAAAACAACGAGGAAGAAGAGGCAUACGGCGAGCUAGCAGACCUCUCAGCCGACAACGUUGAAUGGGGCGCCGCCGACGACCUCGACCCCACCAGAAACCUCUCCUACGACAGCCGGUGCGAGCCCGGUAACGAGGAGUAUGAAUACGACGGCUUCGUCGUUUCUGACGACGACGUCAUCGUCGAAGCAUGCAGCGAAAGCGAGAGUGAAGCAAGCUAG